GGACACCGAAAUUCUAAACUCCUUUAAAAUACUCCGCUCCACCUUGGGGACACCCCCUAAUCUCCUUUACAAACACCGAAGUCUCUUGCACAAACACUGAAGUCUCUUGCUUCCGAUAUUCAAAUGGCAUCUCAAGAUCAUCACCACCAUGACCAUCAUCAUCAUCAUCACCACGGCCAUGAGGAUUCAGGAGCAACAACAUGGGUUGGCCCAGAUGGGAAGGUAUACCACAGCCAUGAUGGACUUGCACCGCAUUCACAUGAACCCAUAUACUCACCUGGAUACUUCAGCAGAAGAGCACCUCCUCUAACCAACAGAAAUUUCAAUGAGAGAGCCUUUACUGUAGGGAUUGGCGGCCCUGUUGGAACUGGGAAAACAGCUUUGAUGCUUGCAUUGUGCAAAGUAUUGAGGGACAAAUACAGCCUGGCAGCAGUGACUAAUGACAUAUUCACAAAGGAGGAUGGGGAGUUCUUAAUAAAACACGGAGCACUUCCAGAGGAAAGGAUUCGUGCAGUUGAAACAGGUGGCUGCCCACAUGCUGCAAUUAGAGAAGACAUAAGCAUUAACCUUGGACCUCUGGAAGAGCUUUCAAACUUAUACAAAACUGAUAUUCUGCUGUGUGAAUCUGGUGGAGAUAAUCUAGCUGCCAACUUUAGCCGGGAGUUGGCUGACUAUAUCAUCUACAUAAUCGAUGUGUCCGCUGGCGAUAAAAUACCACGGAAAGGUGGUCCAGGAAUUACCCAAGCUGACCUCCUUGUUAUAAACAAGACUGAUCUGGCAGCAGCUGUUGGAGCAGAUCUCUCUGUUAUGGAGCGUGAUGCACUUCGCAUGCGGGAUGGUGGUCCUUUUGUGUUUGCUCAGGUGAAACACAAUGUGGGCGUGGAUGAAAUAGUGAACCACAUCUUACAAGCUUGGGAAGUUGCAACCGGUAAUAAGCGCCACUGAAUAUUUUACUGAGAUUUCUGCAUGUCUGAACCCUUCUUUUUUGCUGAGUAACUAAUGAUGAUUGUUUUCUCAAAAUCUCAUCCCUUAAAGCUCCUUACUGAAUAAACAAGAAAUGUUGCAGACUUCCUGCAAAUCAGAACUUUAAGAUUGGUCUUGUUUGACAGAUUUUUCUGUGAAUUUUCAUGACGGGCCGC